AUGAUGUCACAGACAGGUGACCUCACCGCGGCAAAGGAACCGGGGAUCUCAGUGUCAUGGGGGAGGGGCGAGGAUGUUCCUCCACCACCCCAACCCCCCAUGUCUGUGGUGAAGUCGAUCGAAUUAGUGUUGCCCAAGGAUGUGGUCUACCCGGCCGGCUCCAGCAUAGAAGGGCAGGUGGUUCUCAUACUGAACAGCACCCUGGUGAACCCCAUGGUGAAGGUGGAGCUCGUGGGAAGGGGUUACGUGGAGUGGAAUGAAGAAAUCGGGGCAUCCCGUGAUUAUAGCAGGGAUGUUAUUUGCAACAACAAGGCCGACUAUGUGCACAAGACGAAGACAUUCCCAGUAGAGGGUAAUUGGUUAAGUGCAGGCAGCCACACCUUUGACUUCCAUUUCAACUUACCUCCCAGGCUUCCUUCUACCUUUGCCAGCAAAAUUGGCCACGUCUCCUACUUCGUGCAAGCCUCCUGCAUGGGUCGGGAGCACGUUCUAGCGAAGAAGAGAAUGUACUUGUUGAUUCAAGGGACUUCAGACUUCCAUCAAGAAAACGCACUGCAGGCCAAUCACGUGGCCACACCUAACUGCAAGGGGUACUGGGAAAUGUAG